UUCGACAAGGAUACCUACUACAUUGGCGUCGAUGUAGGCACCGGGUCGGCGAGGGCGUGCAUCGUAGACGAGACGGGGAAUAUCAAAGCCCUUGCUUCGGCCGAUAUCAAGCUAUGGCAGCCUCAGCCUGGAUACUAUGAGCAAUCAACGACCGACAUAUGGAACUGCAUCUGCGACUGCGUCCGACGCGUCCUCGAGGAGUCGGCCGUCGACCCCGGCAAGGUCAGGGGCGUGGGCUUCGACGCAACCUGCUCGCUGGCCGUCUUCUCCACCGACUCGGACGAGCCGGUGCCCGUGACGGCCUCCGACUCCUUCUCCAACAGCGACGCCCAGGAUCGCAACGUCAUACUCUGGCUCGACCACCGCGCCGGCCGCGAGACGGACGACAUCAACGCCACGCGCCACAGGCUCCUCAGGUACGUCGGCGGGUCCAUGAGCAUCGAGAUGGAGAUGCCCAAGAUCCUGUGGCUCAGGAACAACAUGCCGCCCGAGCUCUUUGCACGCUGCAAGUUCUACGACCUCGUCGACGCCCUCACCCACCUCGCCACCGGGGGGGAGGCCCGCAGCUGCUGCAGCGCCGUGUGCAAGCAGGGAUACGUGCCCGUCGAGGAGGACGGCCACGACGCCGGCUGGCAGGGGGACUUUUUCGACGCCAUCGGGCUGCAGGACUUGGCCGAGGAUGAUUUUCACCGCUUGGGUGGCGUUGAUAUGAAGAAUGGAAAAUUCAUCUCUGCAGGCAACGUCAGUGGCUUCCUGACCAGCUCUGCCGCCAAGCAGCUCGGCCUCGUCGAGGGCAUCGCCGUGGCCAGCGGCGUGAUCGACGCCUACGCCGGCUGGAUCGGCACGGUGGGAGCCAAGGUUGAGCUGAGCGCGGACGAGCUGGAUACCAGCCUGAGUGCCGACGACGAGAUGCAGGCCAGCUCGCGCCUGGCCGCCGUGGCGGGGACGUCGACGUGCCACCUGGCCAUGUCCAGGGACCCCAUCUUCGUGCCGGGCGUCUGGGGUCCGUACCGGGACGUCAUCUCGCACGGCACCUGGAUGGCCGAGGGUGGGCAGUCGGCGACGGGCGAGCUGCUCCGGCACGUGGUGGAGGUCCACCCGGCCCACCCCGAGGCGGCGGCGCGGGCCAAGGCCGAGGACAGGAGCGUGUACGACUUCCUCAACGGGCACCUGGAGGCCAUGCGCGGACGGGCCGGCGCCCCGACGGUAUCCUACCUGGGCCGCCACCACUUCUUCUACGGUGACCUGUGGGGGAACCGGUCGCCCGUGGCCGACCCGAGGAUGCGCGGCGCCCUCGUCGGCCUGGACAGCGACCGGUCCGUCGACAACCUCGCCCUGUGGUACUACGCCACCAUGGAGUUCAUCGCCAUGCAGACGCGCCAGAUAGUCGAGCGCAUGAACGCCGAGGGCCACUCCCUCUCGUCCAUCUUCAUGUCCGGGUCGCAGUGCCAGAACCCGAUCCUCAUGGACCUCAUCGCCUCCGUCUGCCGCAUGCCCGUCGUCAUCCCCCGCUACGCAAACGCCGCCGUCGUCCACGGCGCCGCCAUGCUCGGUGCCAAGGCCUCGAUCGAGGUCGACGCAGCGCGCCGGGGUCAUCGGCACCGUACCCAGUCACUCUGGACCGUCAUGGACCACAUGUCCAAGCCUGGCAGGGUCGUCAAGCCCCGUCGUGACGACGUCAACGAGAGCGCCCUCCUGGACGCAAAGUAUAGCGUCUUUCUCGACAUGUGCACUGCCCAGCAGGACUACCGUGCCAGGGUCGACAGGGUUGCUGCGGGCUGGUCUGUCCCGCGUAGCAUUGACAAGGCUGAGUAG